AUGGUUCCACAUGUUGACAAUGACAAACACAUCACUAAGAAGUGCACAUCUUUGAUAAGAAGACUACAGAAAGAGGAUCAAGAAGAACUCAAAAGGCUGCAGCAUACCUUGGAACAAGUUAAUGAUGGCAAAUAUUUACUUGAAAGCCAUCAUCUUGCCAUGGACGUAGAGAAUAACAUUGAAAAAUACCAUGACAACUUACAGCCUCUGGAAACAAAAGUGAAAAUCAUUCAGAGGGCAUGGCGUGAAUACCUCCAGCGCCAGGAUAUGUUACACCAAGACCCCCUGGAGAAGCGUAGUCCAUCACCACCUUCCUUGUCUUCUGACAAGAUGAGCAGUUCCAUCAGCAUGAACACUUUUUCCAAUGGCAGCACUCCUAUUCUGUACAAGAAGAUGGGAGAACUUGGUACUGAUCUGCAAAAUAAGCGAAUUGUACCUUCUCUGAAAAGGAGACUCACUUUAAGCCAAUUUAGCGAUUGUUAAUUGUUUGAUUUUGGAAAGAAUAUCUGUACCCUCUGAGAAGAGAGAAAUCGGAAUACAAAGUUGUCUAGUGGCAUGAGAUUUUAAUCAUUUUAGUAAAUCUACAAUCCAAAUGCAAAAUCUAGAGUUUGAAAACAUGGGGAUUAGAAACUAUUUCUAGAGCUCUUUGAGACCAAAAAUUAAUUAAAUUGAUAAAUUGAUAUAUUAAUAUUUAAAUAUUAUUCUCAUUCUCUGACAAAAUAAACUGAUUUUGAGCAAACUGUUACAAAGCUGAACUAAUUAUGUUGCAGGUUGUUCAAAUAAAGCACAAGACAUUCUUGUUCUUGGCUGUUUUUGCAUGCCACCUACAAAGUGGAAUGCCGCAGACCCUACUGCAAUGUCAUAUGUGGGUCAAGUACAUUGAAGUUACCAAAUACUGUCCUUGUGAGCCAACUCACAAUGUGCAUAGUUCUCUAGAAAUUUGGGAAAGCAGGUGGUAAAUCAGUUCUACAGUAAAAAAUAUUAUCCAGUGACUAUGGUGACCAUCUUUGACAAAACUGAAAAUUAGCUAACGUAUGAUUUUUAGUCUUAGAGAUUUAACUAUGAGUGUUUUGCGUAAGACCUGCUACUUUUGCAUAGAUAUAACAAAAUAUCAGUUAAUUUCACACUUCUUCUAUAGAGGAAAAUCUGGCCCUUUUCAGUCUAUCCAACUAAUUUUCCCAGAUAGGCAUAAGUUAAAUUAUCAGUUUUCUUAUAAACAUUGUCUUCUAUGAUGCUAUGGUUUCUUAGGUUACAUUAGACUUGACAGCAUUCAAUAAAAUACUACUGAGGAAGAAUGUGUACUGGUUUAUUUUUGCAUGUCUUUUGUUCAUAGCUGGAGGCUAGUUUCUUAAUAUUAGAAACUAUAGUACAUUAUUGGGCUAUUAAAGUAAUGUCUGUUAAAUAGGACAAGAUUCUCCUGCUAGUGGAAUACAUUUAGGAUUUGUUUGUGUGUGACAUUGGAGUUUGACUGGAUAUUGUUUAUAGAUUCUUAUACUGGUUUCUUUAUCAUGGUUUACCGUAUGCUUAAGCACCACAAGAGGUCUCUCUUGAAUGGUUUUGAUAGUUCAGUAAUUUUAUAUUUUUCACCAAGUGUAAUUUAAAUGGGGAAACUACAUUCUCAGACUGCUUUCAGUUCUUCAAGUAAUGAACAUGUUUACAGU